UUUAUCAUUUUCUGCUCCAAUUCAAAUAUUAGUAACACUGACAGCAAUCCUCCAAGACCUGCCCAGCGCAACUCCCCCAUAUUAUUUUUUUUACGGAAAACCACACACAUAUAUAUAUGCUUAAAUAUAUUUUUGGAGGGCAGCAGCUCAUCACUUGUUCAACUGGUCCCAUAAUCCUAAAUCCUGCCCAGUUCGAUCAGUCACUCAAACGAAACCAAUUUCACUUCCCCCUAUAUAUACACACACACAUAUACACAUUAUCUUCUGUAAUUCCACUCUCUCUCUCUCUGUGUGUGUCCACAAGCUAUCGCCUUUCAUCUUUGAUUUGGCAGUGCAGCAGAAGAAGCACACAUCCCUUUAGUCAGUAAAGUUAGAAAUCAGCUUUUAAAGAUAAAACCCGAAUAAACUCUGGCACAGUGAAGGAGCAGUAAGAAAUAUUUUCUUUGGAAUAGGCAUUGUUGUGUUAUCUCGCACAACGACGUCGCAUUCUUCUACUUUACAGUUCUCAUUCAAUUGAAAUUUCCAUGUUUUCCCUCCUCUUUUUUUCUCUGGCUUUGUCGUCCGUCCGUCGUUCAGCUUCGAUUUCUCUUCCUUUGAGGUGCCUGAUUCAGUAGCUCCUUCAGCAGAGAAAAUCAUGAUAAGCUGGCACGAUCUUUACGUCGUUCUAACAGCAGUGAUUCCGCUGUAUGUGGCCAUGAUCCUGGCUUAUGGGUCUGUCCGCUGGUGGAAAAUAUUCACCCCAGAUCAGUGCUCCGGCAUCAACCGCUUCGUCGCCAUAUUCGCUGUUCCACUUCUUUCCUUUCAUUUCAUUUCCAAGAACGAUAUUUAUGCUAUGAACUUCCGCUUCAUCGCUGCCGACUCAUUGCAAAAGGUUAUCAUGCUUGUAGUUCUUGGAUUGUGGGCAAAUUUAACCAAAAAUGGCAGCCUUGAAUGGUCUAUAACCAUUUUCUCGCUUUCCACUCUGCCAAAUACUCUGGUGAUGGGCAUUCCUUUGCUGAUUGCCAUGUACGGUGAAUACUCCGGCAGCCUCAUGGUCCAAGUUGUGGUGCUCCAAUGUAUCAUUUGGUACACACUUCUGCUCUUUCUGUUCGAGUAUCGUGGCGCAAAAAUGCUGAUAAUGGAGCAGUUUCCCGAGACAGCAGCCUCAAUUGUGUCCUUUAAAGUUGAAUCCGACGUCGUCUCCUUAGACGGCCAAGAUUUUCUUGAAACUGAUGCUGAAAUUGGCAAUGAUGGCAAGCUUCAUGUCACUGUGAGGAAAUCCAACGCAUCCAGGCGCUCCUUUGGUCACGGAUCCUUCUCCGGGAUAACUCCUCGACCCUCAAAUUUAACAGGGGCCGAAAUUUACAGCCUGAGUUCUUCAAGAAACCCAACUCCCCGAGGGUCUAAUUUCAACCACCAAGAUUUUUACUCAAUGAUGGGGAUGGGGAGAUUGUCCAACUUUGGGAAUUCUGACACGGGUAGAUUGUCCAAUUUCAAUAUAGCUGAUAUGUAUUCAGUUCAAUCAUCAAGAGGCCCAACUCCGCGGCCAUCAAAUUUCGAAGAGAACUCUGCUCCAGGAGCCCUGAACAGUUCUCCAAAGUUCGGUUACUUUCCGCCACAGCCUGGGCCAACUUCUUAUCCUGCUCCAAAUCCAGAAAUUGCUUCGGCAAUGCCGAAAACCUCGAAAACCGUUCAGUCGCAGCACCAGCCUCAGGGAGGUAAGACUAACCAUGAUGCGAAAGAGCUUCACAUGUUUGUAUGGAGCUCGAGUGCGUCCCCGGUGUCUGAAGGAGGUGGCGGUCUACAGGUGUUUAGCGGCCCUGAUUUUGGUGCUCCCGAGCAAUCAGGGCGCUCCGAUCCAGGUGCAAAGGAAAUCAGGUUGUUGGUUAGUGAUCAUCCUCAAAAUGGGGAGGCUAAAGCUGUUCAGCAAAGUGGGGACCUUGGUGGAGAAGACUUCAGCUUCGCCGGUGCAGGGAGAGAUCAUGGGGAGGAGGAUAAAGAAAAGGAGGGUGCAACUGGGCUGUCCAAACUAGGGCCUGGCUCAACAGCCGAGCUUGACCCAAAGGUGGCUGGAGUUGAUGAUGCCGGAGCCAGGAAGCAUAUGCCACCAGCAAGCGUCAUGACACGCCUAAUCUUGAUCAUGGUCUGGCGUAAACUUAUCCGAAACCCCAACACCUACUCCAGCCUCAUUGGCCUAAUCUGGUCUUUGGUCUCAUAUCGGUGGAAUGUGCAUAUGCCCAAAAUUCUUGAAGAGUCAAUCAAAAUACUCUCUGAUGCUGGUCUUGGAAUGGCUAUGUUUAGUUUAGGUCUGUUUAUGGCCCUCCAACCGAAGAUAAUCGCAUGUGGGAACACGGUGGCUUCCUUCGCCAUGGCCGUCAGGUUUCUCACCGGCCCAGCAGUAAUGGCUGCAGCUUCUAUUGCUGUUGGCCUCCGCGGCACCCUUCUACAUGUCGCAAUUGUCCAGGCUGCACUUCCGCAAGGGAUCGUCCCAUUUGUUUUUGCUAAAGAGUACAACGUUCAUCCAGCAAUUCUUAGCACUGCGGUCAUAUUCGGAAUGCUGAUAGCGUUACCCAUCACGCUGGUCUAUUAUAUCCUUCUUGGUCUGUAAGAAUUUCGGACAAGGAGUUGAAGAAAAUUUAUGAAUGAAUGUGUCUAAAAAGCUUGAUGGGUUGAGUGGCUGUACCAACAACACAAACACUAGUGACCAACAGUGGAUUUUGAAAGUGAAGAAGGCAUGCCCGUAUAUAGAAUAUUAAUGCUUCUUCCCUGGAAUUUGGAGCGCUGGAUAGAUGUUUAGAUGAUUCCUUGAUGUGAGGAUAUGAUGCCCCCAAUUGCAGACAACAUAAAAUCGUAGAGAAAAAUAAUAUAUAUACAUGUGGAGGGGAACAUCGCAGAAGAAAUCAGGGAAGCAGAAAUUAUUAUCAUAGGAAUUUUUCUCCUUAAUCAUUGCGCAUGUUACUCAUUGAUUAGGAUUAAUCUUGUCAUUAUUAUAUCUAGUGCGUACUAUCCAUCUAUUAGUGUCUUAAAGAGGCCGAGAACACGAUUUAUUUCCGGUUUGUUGAUUAUUAGUGUAUUAAUUUAUUUAUUUCGCUUGCUUUCUA